AUGUUGUCGCGCUAUUUUGUCAUCAAAAUUUACACCUUCGCGAGCUUUUUUUUCAAAAGCUUCCACAUAGCUGCAACAUACUUGCUACAUCCAAACAACAGCUGGGUGCAGAUAACAAGCUCCAUAUCCUAUCCGAUUAUUGGUUUACCAAUGCACCGCUCUUUUUACUUCGAUUGGGGCUUUCAAAUGAACUACGACUUUCCUUACAACCUCGCUUCUUUCUACAAUGCGCCAAUUUGGAAGUUAGCGAAACGUGAUGUGAACAACGAUGGACCCCGAGACCCUCGAGACUUUAGUAAACUGAACUUCCACGAAGUGGAAACACUGGAGUACGAUGGACUGUUCAAAAAUUGGUUGGAUACGUCCAAAGACAGACAUUUCUUCGAUUUCACUGCUGGCGAAUUAUAUAACUCACUGGAGAGCUUAAUAGAAAGCUAUGGUUUUCACCGCAGUUGCUUACUGCAGAGCGUAUGUGACAUCGCUCAGUAUCCAUUUGUUGCAGAAGAAAAACACGUUUUAGGAGACUUGAUUACUUUUGUCCUCACGCCCUCAUGGCAUUUGGGUUUCGUUGCAAGCGAGGACGCGCAACGAAAAGCUUACGAGACAGCAGAAUGGAGUGGCAUACGUGGUUUAAAUUGUAGGAGACUCUAUCCAGCUUGCAGAAGAAAUUUUCUGCGCACGAUCACAAAAGUGAUUCUCGAUAAUAGUUGAUUAAGUUAAUUUAUACCUAAAACUUGAUAUUUUGUAAGUUUCGAUUUUCAUAACA